AUGAAGUCUGAGCAGCAAGAAAUCAUCGGCGGCGAUGUCACCCUCAAGAUGGAGCCCGGCAAGCCUCCGAAGCUUGCUCGGACAACAUCGCACAAGGUCGAGAAGCGCCCACCACCGCUCUUCUCAGACUACGAGGACAAGACUUCUGAAUCGAGCACUACCUUUGAUGUCCUUCCAGAGUGCAUAUAUGCCAACAAAUACUUGGGUAGCACUGAGCAUGCGCUCGAGUGCGACUGCGCAGAGGAGUGGGAUCCCGCAACGAAGACCAAUCAUGCCUGUGGCGAGGACUCUGACUGCAUCAACCGCGCCACCAAAAUGGAGUGCGUUGGGGAUUGCAACUGUGGCAUCGCAUGCCAGAACCAACGCUUCCAGCGAAAACAAUACGCAAACGUGUCCGUCAUUCAGACCGAGAAGAAAGGCUAUGGCCUUCGUGCGAAUACCGAUCUGCGAGCUAACGACUUCAUUUUCGAGUAUAUCGGCGAGGUGAUAGGCGAAAAUGUGUUUCGACGAAAAAUGCAGCAGUACGACGAGCAAGGCAUCAAGCACUUCUACUUCAUGUCUCUCACCAAAGGCGAAUUUGUGGACGCGACCAAGAAAGGCAACCUCGGACGAUUCUGCAACCACUCUUGUAAUCCGAACUGCUAUGUCGACAAGUGGGUGGUGGGAGAUAAGCUUCGCAUGGGUAUAUUUGCCGAACGCAAGAUCAAGGCCGGCGAAGAGCUCGUCUUCAACUACAACGUCGAUCGAUAUGGCGCAGAACCCCAGCCGUGCUACUGUGGUGAACCCAACUGCACCGGCUUCAUCGGUGGCAAGACACAGACCGAGCGCGCAACGAAAUUAUCCAAUGCUGUCAUUGAGGCACUUGGCAUUGAUGAUGCCGAUGCAUGGGACACUGCUGUUGCGAAGAAGCCUCGCAAGAAGAAGGCAGGAGAGGAUGACGAAGAAUACGUCAACAAUGUCGAGCCUAGAGGUCUCGACGAAGAAGGCGUCAACAAAGUCAUGUCUUCUCUCAUGCAGUGCAAGGAGAAGUGGAUCGCCGUCAAGCUGCUCACUCGAAUCCAGCGUGCAGAUGACGAACGAGUCCGCAACAGGGUCGUCCGCUUCCACGGUUACCGCAUCUUGAAGACCGCUUUGUCAAACUUUAUCGAGGAUGUCAACGUCUGCCUACAGAUCCUCGACGUUCUCGACAAGAUGCCUAGGCUCACGCGAAACAAAAUCCAGGACUCCAACAUCGAAGAGACUGUCUCUUUGCUGGUAGAAAACGAGGAUUCCAGAGUGUCUGCACAAGCCAAAGAGCUCUUGGACAGUUGGUCCAAGCUCGAGGUCGCCUACCGGAUACCUCGCGUCAAGCGAGAUCCUAACGCAGUUGUACUGGAUCGAAAGGCCGAGCGCAUGGAUAGGCGUGAUGGCGAUCGGAGACGAAGCAAAUCGCGGUCACGAUCAAAGUCUCCCGAACGUAUACAAGCGCCGACUGGGCCACGGAAUAGUGCAUCACAGCGCGCACCGUUUGCUCGUCCUCCACCACGAUUCCGACCUCCGCCGCCGGUUGGACCACUGCCUCCAGGAUGGUUUGAAACGACAGCUGCCAAUGGGUCCGUCUACUACUACACACAGGCUGGUACCACAACAUGGCAGCGACCCACUAUGGCUGCAACUGCCGCACCCCCUCCACCGCCGCCGAAGACCGUGUCCGACCAACAAAUGCUCCAGGAUCUAAUCAAGAACAUUGUAGCAUCCAAGAAAGAGCCCACGAAACAGCCAUCAGCCACGGCAACGCCAGUAGAGACGCCCAAGAAAGAGAAGAAGCAGGAGAAAUGGCGAUCCUUACCGGAGGAAAAGCAGAGGAGAUUAUACGAAAGCGCGCUUCAACCACACAUUAUGCAUGUUGUUGGAAAGUACAAGCACAAACUCGCAAAAGAGGAUCUGAAACGUUGGGCGAAGGAAUUUGCAAAGCAGAUGGUCGACUCGGACUUCAGGAAAAAUCGCGUUGAUGAUCCAAAUAAGGUCAGCGACAAAAGGGCCAAGGAUGUGAAGAAGCAUGCACAAGUGUUCUUUGAGAAGGCCCUCAAGAAAAAAGAGGCAGCUGAGGUGAAGAAGGCGGAACGAAGAGCGGGAAAGGAGAAUGAAGGCAACACAUCAGCGGGCUCUCCCCAGCCUGCUCCUGGCAGUCCGCUAUUAGACGAGGCAUUGUCUGACCACGACAUGGACGAUGCCGAUGUGGACGGCACUCCUAUCGACUCCGAGAGAAAGCGAAGACGUGAAGAAACGGCCUUGGAUGAUGAGGAUCUAUCUGCCAAGAAACAACGAACAGAGUCUGUAGAACCUGCAGCUCCGCCGCCACCACCUCCUCCACCUCCAGCAGAAGACAACUUCGACAGCGAGCAAGCCACACCACGCACGAAUGACGACGAUUUUGCGAAUGACACCCCUAGCGCUGACUUGGAACUGGGAUUCUCCAUCAAGGGCGCAGCCAAAGGGCAUAAAACGUGCCGGCCCUCGCCUACCUAG